AUGGCUGCGGGUUGCUCAGCGUCUCCGCGGUCGAAGGCGGCCUCAGAAGGGCCGGUGGUGGGACCAGCCGGCGUCUUGCCUUGCCUAGAAUUGCCUACCUACGUGGCCGCUUGUGCGCUCGUGAAUAGCCGCUACUCCUGCCUGGUGGCGGGGCCGCACCGAAGACACAUCGCACUGUCGCCCCGCUACCUUAACAGGAAACGCACCGGUAUCCGAGAACAGCUCGAUGCCGAGCUCCUGCGCUAUUCCGAGAGCCUUUUAGGUGUACCCAUUGCUUAUGAUAACAUCAAAGUAGUGGGUGAAUUAGGAGAUAUUUAUGAUGAUCAAGGACACAUUCAUCUUAACACUGAAGCAGAUUUUGUUAUUUUCUGCCCCGAACCAGGGCAAAAACUUAUGGGUACAGUUAAUAAAGUGUCUUCCAGCCACAUUGGCUGUCCUAAACCUGAGCAGAUGCCAGCCGAGCAGUGGCAGACUCUGAAGAUAAACAUGGGUGAUGAACUAGAAUUUGAAGUAUUUCGUUUAGACUCAGAUGCUGCUGGAGUAUUCUGCAUUCGGGGAAAACUAAAUACCACUAGUUUACAAACGAAGUGCUCUGCAGUUUCUGAAGAAGUAACAGAAACUGGCACUGAAGAAGCUACUGAAAAACCUCAAAAGAAGAAAAAGAAAAAGAACAAAGACCCAGAGCCAUAUGAAGUGGAAAGUGGUACCACAGAGCUAGCAGAUUUUGCAGAUGUUACCAUGAAGGAAGAGACAGAUCUGCAGAUUAAUAACAAUGUGAAUGGCCUCUGGGAGGAAGAGCCGAAGAAGAAGAAAAAGCAUCAGGACCCUGUUUUCCAAGGCAGUGACUCCAGUGGUUACCAAAGUGACCAUAAAAAAAAAAAGAAAAGAAAGCACAGUGAGGAGGCUGAAUUUACACCACUUUUGGAACAUGCACCACUUUUGGAACAUGCACCUAAAAGAAAAGGGAAAAGUAAUUUUCUUUAG